UUGACAAUAUUAACAAGACUGAACAGAUCUGCCCUUAUGGAUCUGGCACAUUGCCACCGAUACCUCAUCUAUAUAUUGUUUUCGGUAUCCAGGCCAAUACAGAUAUUAAUAUCAGAUCGGUUCAUCUCUAGAAUCUAGCCUGUGUCUUUUUUAUGCGUCUGUUAGAAAUAAAGUGUACACACUUCCCUCUUCCUCCGCCACGUCCGUCGGCUUUAUCUCCCCGUCCAAACAGCCGCCGUUCAUCUUUCAGUGUGUCUCUCUGAUGAAGGCCUGCUCCUCUUCCUCCUCUAGUGGCUGAGCUCCACGUUUUGAGCUAAGCUGUUACUCUGCUUUAAACUCCAGACGGUGUUAAAAUGUCACCACACAUGUAAUUGAGCAUUGGUGGCUGUGGCCUUUUCACUGCUUCUGUGUCUUUUUCUUUUCUUUUUUCCUCGUCACGAUUCCUUCAUCAUCGCUGUGUGUUCCCCACACACACACACACACACACAGCUUGCCAGGAAUCUCCCCCCACGGACCAUCGGUUACCCCUGGACGCUGGCGUUUGGCACGUCAAAGCACGGCAUGAGCAUUAAGACGCUGUACAGAGCCAUGCAGGGCCAGGACACGCCGGUCCUGCUGGUCAUUAAGGACAGCGACGGUCAGGUAUUUGGUGCACUUGCAUCUGAACCCUUUAAAGUCAGCGAUGGCUUUUACGGCACAGGAGAGACCUUCCUCUUUACCUUCAAUCCAGAGUUUGAGGUAUACAAAUGGACAGGUGACAACAUGUUCUUCAUUAAAGGAGACAUGGACUCUUUGGCUUUUGGUGGAGGAAGCGGUGAGUUCGGCCUGUGGCUGGACGGAGACCUGUACCACGGCCGGAGCCACUCCUGUAAAACCUUUGGGAACCCAAUGCUCUCCAAGAAGGAGGACUUCUAUGUGCAGGACAUCGAGGUGUGGGCUUUUGAAUAACAAACCUGCUGCAACACAGGGAAAAAAACAAGUCCUACACACAGGACCAAACCCAGGGAGCGGUCCUCCUUCAGAACAGUGGCAACAUCCCAAACCUAACUGCACACCACCAGGUGCUCCCCUGUCUGGAGGCCAGAUACUGGAUGCUUGUUGUGCGUUAACUACUGCAGUUAUUAAGGAGCUUUGUUUUAUUUUCUUUUGUUUUUCUUUGUGAAAAAUAAACCUGUGUGUGUAUCUUAUUGCAGCCCUGUGCGGCGUCUUUGCAGAGUAGGGAGAGUACGAGGAGAAAUGCAAGGGAAGCAGGGUAGGGACCGCGCGGUCACUAAGGCCAACUGGACUUCCUGAGGCUGAGGUUUGGGACUGCUGCAAGAAAGGAAAGCUGCCCCACCUGGUGCAAAUAGUGCAUCAGAACUCUGAAGAACCUCAAGGAAUCCCCCCUCUCCCACAUCACCACACCACCACCACCAACUUCUGGGAUCCCAGCUAGAACUCCAACUCACUGUGCUGUCGGCCGUUACGGAGAGAGACUCAGUCGGAGGAAACCGAACACAUUCCAUUUCUCUUGAUCGUGGAGUGUCAAAAGUGGUGAUUUGUGGUGAACUUACAAAAAAAAAAAAAAAA